GCCUCCCCCACGCAUGCUCCCAGCUGCACUAGCCGGCAGCGCCUGGAACAGCGGUGCGGGGCGGCGCGUCUCCCCGAGCCGGACGCGGGGCCGGGGCUCCCCGGGGUCCCGCAGAGCCGCACGCCAGGCGGUGGAGUAGCAUGGGAGAGCCCUGGCCGAGGCAUGGGCAGCACUGAGGAGCCAGAGACCCUGCAGCUGCUCGCACAGGAGGGGGCGGCUGAGGACGCGACGAGCGGCUACCUCCACCACUCCCGCUGUGGGGCCAGCGCGCUGGCCAUGAGGAACUGCUGCGGCACCGAGCCCGGCGGCACCGAGCCCGGCGGCCAAGGCAGCACAGAGAGCCGAGCCGAGGCCCCCGCCAUGGCCCAGCAGUCCUCGCCGGAGCCCGCGGCUGGCGGCCGGGCCUUGGCUCUCAAGGGCCCCGGAGCGGGAGCGGGGCCGUUGGAAAAGGGGGCCGAGCGAACGCCUGUCGCCAGCUUGGGACAGAACGGCGAGCAGAGCUCGGGCCCCUUGACGCGGCCCGAUGGCUCCGUCGUCCCCCAGGGCCCUCCAGCGGGGGCGGGCGCUGCCGUGGCCAGCCCGGGGCCGUGCCUCAAGGGGCACAGCAAGGACCCACCUUGCGCCCCGGCCGCUCUGAAACACGUUGCAUUUCUUGAACCAGCCAACACAGACCCUGAGCCAGACGGUGCCGGAGUCGCCGCGGUCAGUCCGGAGCUGGGUCCGGUGCCUCCCAUGUGCCCGCAGGACCGAAGCCAAGAGCAGCCUGGGGCCUCCAAGGGAGCCGUGUCCUGCUGGAGCGUGGGAGCCCCUGGCGCAGCGCCAUUGUCCGAAGAUGGCGUGGCCACGCCCUGUGGACACGCUGGUGGGAAAGCACCUGCGUCUCUGGCAGAGCCCAAGGCCCAGCUGGGAUCCCCGGCUGCCCCAGGGGCAGGGGGCAACAGGGACAUGGCGCUUCCUUCUCCGGAAGGGACCAAGGAAUCCACCCCGGGAACAGAAGCAGCGUCAGCCCGAGCCAAGGAGACCAGUCCCCCUGCCCCUCUCUCCACCCAGAAAGCCGCGCCAGAGGCCCCCUCUGCUGCUGCUCCCAGCAAGUCCGGGGAGAGCCGGGCGGCUCCAGCUGAGGCCGGAGGGGGACGCGUCCUGCCCCAGAGCACUGCGGAGGGAAGCCCAGUUCAGGAGCCGCGACGAGCAACGGGGACGGAGGUGGGGCCUGGGGAGGAGGCUGCCCGGGAGACCCGGACUGUGGAGCUGCUCUCCAAGACCUACUCGUUUGAGGUCACUCCUCCCCCGCAGGACGCUGGGACUCAGGACACCGGGACGCAGGUCGGCAGCCGAGUGUCGCUGGUGUCCGUGGCCAUCAGCCCCAUAAACCCCCCGGACGGGUCCUCGGCCUUCACCUUCCACAGCCGGGGCCAAGGCCCCUCGGGCCUGAAGAGCCCGGGCCCGGAGCUGAAGCCCUCUAAGAAGGACGCGGAGAUGCAGGUCUCCAUCCCAGUGGAGACCAGGUCUGUGGCCACGGGGCCCAUGACGCCGGUGGCCAAGUCUCCCCAGGCGUCCUACCCCGAGGUGCGCGUAAAGGGGGCGCAGGAAGAGCCGCCCGAGCCCAUCCGGGAAGUCAGCUGGGACGAGAAGGGGAUGACGUGGGAGGUGUACGGCGCCUCCAUGGAGGUGGAGGUGCUGGGCAUGGCCAUCCAGAAGCACCUGGAGAAGCAGAUCGAGGAGCACGGCCGGCAGGUGGUGCUGACGCCACAGAGCACCCGGGCCAGCUCCAUCAAGGGGGCGCCGCAGAAGGGGGAAGUCAAGCGGCCGCCCAGCAUGUUCCGGGCACUUCUGCAGAGCGUGCGCCGGCCCCGCUGCUGCUCCCGGGCCGGCCCCGCCGCGGAGUGAGGCAGCCGCUCGCGCCCUGCUGAGAACGGCAGCCCAGCCCAGGUCGUGGGGUUUCUCAGGCAAUCCCGGGGGCUGGGGUCUCACCCCUCUGGCCCCAGGCUCAGCAGCUCCAGGCACUUGGACCCCACGGUCUCCGGCUCACCCAGCCCAGACACUGGCCACACUGCCCCGCCCCGAGCUGCACACCUGGGCAGGGUGCGGCCUGCAGAGACUUCAGGCCCCAGCAUGCAAUGCUCACCCAGCAAUGUCUGGUUCCAUUGAGAUGGAGCACUGCAUGCUGGGACACGUAAUCCCCACAUGCUGCACCGUGGUCUGCAGGAGGGGUUGCUGAGAUCUGGGGUCAGGGUGCAGCUGACACAGCCGUCCCUCUGCUGGGCAACAUCUGGGCACCCCUGGGUGGGGACUGGGGUUUGUGCAGUGAAGCCCGUGAUGGGAAGGCCAGAAGAAAAGCGGAAGGGGUGGAGGUGGUUGCGGACCAGCCCUUGGGAGCGUGUCUGGCAGGGGGCCGGCUCCUUGCCUUUCCCCCGGUCACAAGCUGAGUUUCCCAAAGCACAAAACUGGCUACCUUAAAGUCCCUCGGCCCAGGUCCUAAGGUCUGGCUCCCCGGACAGCGCCCGGUGCCUGGAGCUGAGCCCUGGCCGCGCCGGAGAGUCCCGCUGCCCCUUGUGCGUUCUGGGGAGACUCCAGCUUCCCGUCAGCCUGGGAACCAGCCGCGCUCUGCCGCCCUGCAAAGCUGCAGUCCUGCUCCGAGCCAGGCGCCCGCUGUGCCAGGCUCCCCGGGGAGGUGGUGGAAGCUUUGCAGUCAGGCUGUGCCCUGCUAGCUGGGCUGGCCUGGGCUGGCUUUGCCGGCGCUCAUGUAUCGCACUGUGGUUUGGAGAGACAAACUCCGGCCUCGCUCCGGGUCCCGAGAGGCUCCUGGCUCUGCAGCCGCUGUCACCGACUCCCGCCCUCGACUGAGCUCAAAGCUUUGCAGACGGGUGUCCUCCCCACGGUGGCACGGGGAGGCAGCCUGUAGCCCUCUGCCCCAGCUCAGCCCUACCCUCCCCACACCGGAGCACCCGGGGGCAGGCGCUGCUGCGUGGUGCAUCCCUGGAGCCUCCCCGUCCCACUGGCCACUCCCGCCCGCUGCACAGGUGCUCAGUGGGCGUGCCAGGGUGGGUGGGGCAGGGAGGCGUAGCUGCGCCGGCAGAUGGCACAGGCCCUGGCAGCAGGGCUCAGGCCGCCCAAUUGUCUCCUACCAAAGGGCUUGUGAGUGGAGAAGUGCCGAGCCCUGAGCCCCCAGCGAGAGCCCCGGAGAGGAGAGCAGCUGGGCUGCAGGCCUUAGCCCUCGUGCCGGGGAAAUGGCACCUGCCCAGCGCACGGAGCGGUGUCUGCCAUCGCCAGACCAGGAGGUGCAGGCUCCGGGCAACUGGGUUUCUGGGGGGAGUUUCAGGAGGCCCCUGGGAGUCCAGCCCCAAACUAACCUGAACUCCCGGCUUACAGCCAAGCAUCUGGAGGGGCCAGUGGGGCUGAGCCAGGCCUGUGUGGCCAGAGGGGCUAGUGCUGCCGGACCCAGUAACGGACCCCCAGGCUCUGCUUGCCGCCUGGGCCUAGGGAGCAGCGGCCCAGCUGGGUGGGGGCAGGGGCCCAGCCUGCGGCCUUUGUUCUCAUGUCAGUCAGGCAAGGCAGGUCCCUCCCGCUCCCCCUUGGCUCAGCGGGGACCUGGCAGACGGGCUGGAAUCUGAGCUGGUUCUGACCCAACAGCUCAGGUUCCUGUGCUCCCUUCUCAGCGGGAUCCCAGCUCAUCACGCUCCCGGCACCAGUAGCCAGGUGCCCCAGCGGGCUCCACAGAGCGGGGGGGCGGGGGGUCUUGGACUCCAGGCCACGGUGCCAAGGCCACAAACCAAGCCAAUUGCCUGAGAAACCCAGACCACUGGGCAACGUUCAUGUCCUGUCUGGGCAUCCUGCGUGUGUGUCUGUGGGGCCUUGCGUCUCAGCGUGUGCAUGUGUCUGUGUGUGUGUGUCAGCGUGUGCGUGUGUCUGGGUGUCCCUGCGGGUCCCUGAGUGUGCAUGUCACUGCGUGGGCAUAUGUGGGUCCCUGCGUGUGCGUGUGUCUGUGUCCCCCUGCAUGGGGGCGCAACCGUGCAUCUCCCUGUGGGUCUGCGUGUCCCUGCGUUGGGGCGUGGCCGUGCGCCCCUGAAGUCCACGUGGUUUUCAGAUCACAAAGGGGUUUGUUGGCACUUUUCACGUUCGGGGUUUUUCAGGGGAGAUUUUAUUGAACUGUGUUUGAAUUUUCUGGCUUUUUCAAGGACUCGCGCGGCGGCGUUUCCCCCCAGAGCUGCUUGCUCCGGUGGCGUGAGGAGCCGUUUCCUUUUCUUUCCUCUUCUACAAACUUCCUUCAUGGUGGGAUUUCGUGGUUUGUCUCUGGAAACAAACCGGGCAGGCUGAGCUCAGCCGAGCGCCAGGGUAUGUGAGGGGGGGAGUCACCGCUUCCAGGACACACCCCAGCCAGAGCUGGGGGCAGCACCAGCCCCUGCUGCUCCGACAUUCACCCUGGCAAAGCCCACACCGCAGUGGGGCUGGGGACAGAGCCUGCUGGUGGUUCCUGUGUAAAGACCUCACCCCCCGUCCCCCCGGCUGCUUGGGCCUCUGCCCUGGUGCAGCUCGUGAAAGCGACCUGAGCCCGAGCUGCAGAGUGGGAGCGCGGGCGGACGUGGGGGCAGAGGCUGCGCCCGGGGAGCUGAUGCUGGUGAUGGUGGUGAUCAGUGCCCCUAGCUUGCUGCACGAGGAUCAGUGCCCCUAGCUUGCUGCACGAGGAUCAGUGCCCCUAGCCUGCUGCACGAGGCAGCUCCUGCUCCACACAAGGACCCUCAACACCAGCUCCUCGGCGCCUGCCCAGGUCCAUAGAGCUGGGGGCUGCUGACUGCCUGCGGGAAAGGAGCAGAGAGGUGCCCGGCUCCAUGGCACGACUGGGGAUUGGCCCAGGCAGGAGGGGGCCAGAGAGAGAUGCAGAGCCAGCGUGUGGUGAGAAGGACCCAGCUGCUUCUCUCUCUGGGCUGGGUGCCUCUCAGGAUGCACCCUGCUGAGCCGGGGGCAGUGAGCGGGGCGCAGGCCCAGCGUGGGGCGUGAGCUUUUGCAGGCAGCUGGCCUGGUGCAGGUGGGCAUGGCAGGCGUGUCUGCCCCCCUGGGCUGCCCAGCCCUGGAGCAGGCGUCCCCAUUUGUUCCGAGAGUCACGUCCCUGCAGUCCUGCCGCUGGGGGGAACCUGGCCCUAUGAACCCUGAGGCCCAAAGGGCAGUGGGUGCUAGGUGCCCAGUUUCAACGCCACACGCCUUGGAGCCCACCCCUCCGGGGUGUCCCAACAGAGGCCCUGCCUGGGCAGCGGGGAGAGGGCACUGGGGUGCAGCUGCAGGGGCGCUUGGAGGCAGGUGCCUGCGGGCUCUACCCACAUCCCUCCCUUACCCUGCUGUCUCUCUCACCCAGGGGCACUUGCCAGGCCAUAGCCCAGUGCGGAGGCCCUGGUGCCCCACCUGCUCUGCCAGGCCAUGCUGCAAAGCCAGAUGGUAGCAACUGAAGUAGGUGUCAAUCAUGUGACUUUCCCGGCCAAUCAGCCUGCAGGAUACCCUGGAUGUCCCAUGUACACGAGGACCCACCCUGGCCCUUGGGCACCAGCUCUGCCCCCGGAGGGGGGGGGAGCCAUGCGCUCCCAGGGGGAGCAGGGCAGCCCAGGGAGAGCCCAUCACAUUCCUGCCUCUCCAGCCAAUCAGCACACAGGGCUCACUCACUGGCUGAAGUGCACCUUUUCAGCCAAUCAGUGUACAGGAUUCCCGGGCAGCUGAUUGGCCAAUGUUAAGAGAUGUUAAGAGUAACAAGAAGGGUUUCUUC